UCUCUUCCUCACUGAGCCCGUUACCUACCUCCAGCCUGGUUGCGCUUCCUUAGCAACUGGUUGCCCUGGGCGACGGGAAGACGCAGUCCCGCAGAUUGCAUUCCUGGCAAAUUCCUAGCACCUGCUAGUGGUCGAAGGCCCCAGUGAGCUAUGUCGGAGAUCCUGUGCCAUUGGCUCAACCGGGAUUUGAAGGUGUCCCGGACCGUGAGUCCCAAGUCAUUUGCAAAGGCAUUUUCAAAUGGCUAUCUAAUUGGAGAAGUUCUGUACAAGUUUGAACUUCAGAGUGAUUUUUCAGAAUUUUCAGAGAGCAGGGGUUCAACUGCCAAACUUAAUAAUUUCUCCCGCUUGGAGCCAACACUUCACCUGCUGGGUGUGCAGUUUGAUCAGAAUGUGGCCCAAAGCAUCAUCACAGAGAAGCCAGGGGCAGCAACAAAACUUCUCUAUCAGUUGUACAUUGCUCUUCAAAAAAAGAAGAAAACCGGGCUGACUGGAUUAGAAAUACAAACCAUGCAACCCCAGACAAACAUAAGGCUUCAGGAACUCAGAAGUGAGGCUUUUCGAGAGAGACUUAAAAACCUGAUCCCACGCCAAACUGAUUUCAAUCUGAUGCGGGUUACAUGCAGGUUUCAAGAAAAAUGUAAACAAAUGAAAGAAGAUCUUGCCCGAAUGAAUAUUGAGAAGUUUGAAAAAUUUCAAAAACUCGAGGAAGAGCAAAGACACUUUAAUAUCGAAAAGCAACGUUUAAACAGAAGACGACAGAAUGAGAUAAUGGCCAAAAUCCAAGCAGCCAUUAUACAGAUCCCUAAGCCUGAAUCCAAUCGUACUUUGAAAGCACUUGAGGCUCAAAAACUGAUGAAAAAGAAAAAAGAGGCAGAGGACGUGGCCAACGAGAUUAAGAAAUUUGAAGCCCUAAUAAAAAAGGAUCUCCAAGCCAAAGAAAGUGCAUCCAAGACUUCUUUAGAAACAACAGACCAGACAACUACUGAUUUGUUAAACACUUACUCAGAUGAUGACUACAUUAAAAAGAUCCAGAAACGCCUGGAAGAAGAUGCUUUUGCACGUGAGCAAAGGGAGAAAAGACGGCGGAGGUUGUUGAUGGACCAGUUAAUCGCCCAUGAAGCACAGGAGGAGGCCUAUCGGGAAGAGCAGUUGAUUCACCGGCUGAUGCGUCAGUCCCAGCAGGAGCGCAGGAUCGCGGUGCAGCUCAUGCAUGUUCGGCACGAAAAGGAAGUGUUGUGGCAAAAUAGAAUCUUCAGAGAGAAACAAUACGAAGAAAGACGACUUAAGGAUUUCCAGGAUGCUCUUGAUCGAGAAGCGGCUCUUGCCAAACAAGCCAAGAUUGAUUUCGCAGAACAAACCUUCAGGGAGAAGGAAAUUCAUGAAAAGAUGGCUGCAGAAAGAGCUCAAGCGCGCUUUGAGAAGCAUUAUGGGAUAUGUGCAGAAAUUUUGGAUCAGAUACUUGAUUUGUGCACUAAAGUGGCAGACUAUCGGUUGCUGACAAAUAAUCUCAUUCCACAUAAGAUAAUGCAUGAUUGGAAAGAACUGUUUUUUAGUGGAAAUCCCAUCUAUGAACAGACUUCUCUUAAACAUGGGACUGCAGAGGCCACCGGGGAAUAUUUUAUAGAGCUGGAGAAAAGGAACUUGCUUGAUAGAAACGAUUAUGAGGACUAUAAGAACAUGGUUGGAGAGUGGGCCUUACCAGAAGACAUGGCUAACAGUUCACCACCCUCCAACAAUUACAUACUGGGACAUGUGCUUCAGAGAUUAAUUGAAAAAUCUAUCCCCUCUCAAGAUGCUGCCGCAGAAACUGAACUACCUUCAUAUGCUGUGAAGGGAUGCUUGCUGGGGAAAACCCUCAGUGGAAAAACUACUGUUCUAAAGGCUCUACAAGAAGACUUUCCUAUUCAGGUACUUUCUGUUGAUACUCUUGUCCUGGAAGCUAUCCGGGCAUUUCAUGACAAUGAACAAGCCAGUGGGGUAAAACCAGUUCGCAAAGAACAUAAAGGAGAUCCUCUAUCGGGCGUGAAAGAAAUUAGAAGACAGGCGCAAGAUUCGUUAUCAGUUCCUCCAGCUCCAGGGACACCAGUAUCCCUACAAGAAGGUGCCAAGAACAGUGAAGCUGAAGGUGUCCAACCAAGUGACAGUUUCUUAAGUCUUACUGUGCGAGCUCAACUUGGUGCAAAGUCAGAACAGUUGCUUAAAAAAGGAAGGAGCAUCCCAGACAUAUUGCUGGUUAACAUCUUGGUGAAUGCUAUUAAGAAUAUGCCCGUGAACCAAAGCUGGGUUCUUGAUGGGUUUCCAAUGACAUUAAACCAAGCUCAACUUCUAGAAGAAGCAUUGACAGGCUACAAAAAAAAAUGCAAAGAGGCCGAGAAAAAGAAAGCACAGAUGCCCACCCUGGCCUUGGGCCCUACCCCUUCCAAAGCCCCUCCGCUCCCAUCAGCAUUCGACUUUGUCAUAUUACUAGAUAUUUCAGAUAAUACAUCACUGGAUCGCAUGAAUGACAUCAUAGCCAAGGAAAUCUCACAUGAAAUUUCUCAUGAAAGCAUUGGUCAUUGUGGAGCUUCUAUAAGCCAAGAUAAGAGUGUGGACCGGAACUUAAGAGACCAGAUACACCAUAGAAUUGUUGGCUUCUCAGACAAUUGGUCAUCAUUGGAAGAAUGGUUUACAGAGCCACAAAAUAUUUUGACAAGAGUAAAUGCUGAAAUGGAUGAAGGGGCUUUAUGCCAGAAAGUAAAAGAAAUUUUUUCUACUGAAAUAGUAAAUAAGAAGGUCAAAGUUGAAAAGAAAUUAGAAGAAAAAGAAACUGAUAAAAAGGCGGCAUCUGCUGAGGCUCCUACCACUGCUUCUCCCCUUUCUCCUGAAGCAGAGAAAGACAAGGAGAGUCAUCUUCACCGUGAGAUAUCAAAAAUUUCUCCUGGAAAGGGAAGAACACCAUCAGAAAUCCAGCAUGGUAAGCAAGACUCUCAACAUGAAGUAAAAGGAAAGAAAGUUUCUCCUAAAGGAAAACCACAAGGAGGAAAAACACCAGCAAAGAAAUCACCUGGUGGCUCUGCAGACACAUCACCCACACCAACAGCACCAGGACCACCUAAGCCAGGAUCAGAAGAGUGGAUCUACGUGAAUGAGCCUAUACCCGAGGAACUGCCUUCCUUUUUAGUACCUUACUGGGAACUGAUAGAGAAAUCCUACAUAAACCACAUCAAAACCGUACUUCGGUAUCUUAGAGAAAACCAACACACUAUGCUUUCUUAUUUAUAUGAAACUAGAACAAGUUUCAAGGAGUUUCUAAGGCGUCCAGAUCACAAGCAAAAUUUUGUAUCUCAGUGGCAGACUGAUUUCAACUCUGUUCCUGAAGACCUGUGGGAAGAUGAGGAGACCAAGGCUGAACUACACCAAAGAGUGAAUGAUCUACGAGACCGCCUGUGGGACAUCUGUGAUGCCAGGAAGGAAGAGGCGGAGCAAGAGAGGCUUGAUAUCAUUAAUGAGAGCUGGCUGCAGGACUCUGUUGGAAUAACAAUGAAUCACUUCUUUUCCCUGAUGCAGGCGGAAGUGAACCGUUUCCAGGAUACCAAAAGACUCCUCCAAGAUUAUUACAGAGCAAUGGAAUCCAAAAUCCCACUAGAAGACAAUAAGAAAUUUACUCGGGUCCCAUUGAUUCAGCUCGAUAGUAAAGACAUUUCAGAAAACCAGCUUAGAAUUCCUCUAGUUCCUCGAAUAUCCACUUCUCCUGAAAAUGUUACCAUCAAACCAAAGGUGAAAGCAUUAUUGAAGGGCAAGAUUGAUCCAUCACUAGAAGGUUUGGAAGCUAACUUUGAGGUAGAUGAGAAGAUUGUAAUAGACACUUGGCAGCAGGCUUCCAUGGCCAUCUCCCACAUGGUGGCUGCUGAAAUCCAUCAAAGGCACAUAGAAGAAGAAAAAGAAACGCCUCCAGUGGAUUCCAAAGAAAAGUCUCCUCAGUCGGGUACAAAUAAAAAAGCCAAGAAGGAGAAGGAGGCACCCAAGAAGAAAAAGGCAGAAAAGAAAGGAAAAGGUAAAUCAUCACCCGUGGCAGAAGUCAGUCCGAUCACAAUAUCGCCUGAAGAGCUAGCCGAAAUCGAAAAGAGGAAUGAACUGAAGCUCAAGAUUAAGGAAGAGCAUCUGGCUGCCCUACAUUUGGAAGAAGUAGCCACGCAGUUUCGUCUGGAACUAAUAAAGACAAAAGCUUUGGCUGUCCUUGAAGAGUUAGUAACAAAGGUGGUUGAUGUCUACAAGUUCAUGGAAAAGUGGCUUGGCCAGAGGUAUUUAAAUGAGAUGGCCAGUAUAGAGAAAUUGACUGAAGUAGCUCGCUACUACAUUGAAACGGCUACAAAAAUUCAAAAUGAGAUUUAUUUAGGCCAAGAAGAUUUCUACAUCAAUGGAGACAUAAAAGUCUUCCCAGAUGCUAUCCCACCAGCCCGCCCUCCACCAAUAGAAAAGGAAGAAAAUGGGACCCUGACAAUCGAACAACUGGACAAUCUCCGAGAUCAGUUCUUAGAUAUGGCACCUAAAGGUAUCAUAGGAAAUAAAGCAUUCACUGACAUUCUGUUUGAUUUGGUGACCCUGAACUUUGGAACCAACAACUUUCCUAGUAGCUGGAUGCACCUCACCCAACCUGAUUUGCAGGAGAUAACAUCGUUAUUAACAGUAAACUCAGAAUUUGUGGACUGGAGGAAGUUCUUGAUGGUCACAGCAAUGCCAUGGCCAAUGCCCCUUGAGGAGGAGCUCCUGGAGACCCUGCAGAGAUUUAAGUACAUGGAUGAAGCACAGACAGGCACCAUCACUUUCGAACAGUAUAAGCAGGCGGGUCUGUGGUUUACAGGAGAUGAAGAUGCAAAAGUUCCAGAUAAUCCCCUUGAUCCCUUGCCAUUCAAUAGGCAGGAACAUCUUAUAGAGUUCUUCUUUAGGCUCUUUGCUGACAAUGAGAAGGAUCCCCCCCUGCUCGACUACACUCAGAUGUUGCUGUAUUUCGCAUGCCACCCGGACCCUAUGGAAGGUGUCUACAGGGCCCUCAGUGUGGCGGUGGGAACUCACAUCUUCCGGCAGAUCGAAACUCCUAUGCUGACUGCAGAAAAGACCUCCCUCUCCACUGUGAGUCCCAAUGAGGAAUUUCCCGAAGCCGAGGAAAAUGUAACUAGAGAGGAACGGGAACUCAAAGAGGAGAAAGAUGAGAAGGAGGAAGAAAUCCCGGAAAAUGCAAACACUGAAAAGAUUUCCCUGGAAACACUGCUCAAAGUGUUUGGAGGAGGAAAUGAAGUACUGGACGCUAACAGAUUUGCCAGCUACCUAAAGAUAGAGAAUAUUUAUGCAGAGAACUUCAUAAAGACUUUUCAGGACCUGGGUGCCAAGAACCUGGAGCCAAUUGAAGUUAAUAUUCUCUUGAAACAUCCUUAUGUUCAGGACCUGAUUGCAAAUUAUGUAGACUAUAAAAUUCCUGACAUUAAAAUGAUUCUUCAAAGGAGUGAACAUGCACAAGGCAGCGAUGGAGAAAGGUCACCCUCAAGACUUACAGAGGAAAAGAAAUGAAGGCUAUGUUUUUUUUAUAAUGUAGAAUAAAGCUUCAUAAUCAAAUUGA